CUGCUCUUGCAAACGGCGCGCAACGUAACGCGGAUAAAAAACCGCGCGCGGUAAAAAUCUAAAAACAAAAAACCUAAUAAUUAAUAAUUUAAUUAAAGCGAAAGGCGCACGCGUAAGUAAAUAGAUUCGUCAUAACGUAAUAGUAAGUGCUAAGCAACGUAGUAACGUUUGUGAACGUACAUAGUUAACAGUGGAUAAGGGCGUGGAUAAGAAAAGUUGGAAAAUCCCCACUUAGCCCUACCGACAACACUUGCCCUUGCUCACAUCAGCCCACUUUACCUACUACAUACAUACAUACCAUCUCCCCACAUACCGAGCCCAAUAUGCUGCGUUGCCACUACGGUAUCUACAGCGUGUUUGUGCUUUUCGCGCUCACCACUGCUUUCGAUAUCAGUCGCCUGGAGCCCAUUGCUGACAAAAACAUACAAACAGGAAAUCGAAUGCUCUAUGAAAGGGAAAUCAACGCGAAUAUAUCGUAUGCAACAGCACAAGACGAUGAUGCCGUGGAUGGUUUACUCGAAGUCAAUGAGAUACCAGUGCGCUACGACGAUGCACAAUUGUGGCGCAUCUACAAUAUUUCAGAGCAUAUGCAGAAUAGCAUGCCGCUGGCAGAGACAUUGGAGAGUAAAUUCGGUGGCGUCAUUUGGAAAGAAAACUCAAAAUUUCUUGAUAUCUCCAUCAAUAAGGAUAACUUGAAGGCGGCACGCAGCUAUCUUGCCGCACGCAAUAUCGACAAAGAAGUGAUGCAUAUGAAUAUACAGGCGCUCAUUGACGCCGCCGAAAUGGAUGGCAUAAAUGCGACACAAGCGGAGGCGGGUAGUCGUACAAAGAAACAAGCACGCAGCGGCAUUCAUUGGAAGGACUAUCACGACUUGGAAGUGAUAUAUUCGUUUAUGCGCGAAAUACGUGGCAAGUUUCCGAAUAUUUGUCGUUUAUAUUCAAUUGGCAAGACAGCGGAGGGACGUGAUCUAAAAGUGUUGAGAAUCUCUGAGAAUCCACGCGAAUAUAAAAAAAUUUGGAUUGAUGGCGGCAUACAUGCACGCGAAUGGAUCAGUCCGGCCACUGUCACAUACAUACUCUAUCAGCUCAUGUCAAACUGGAAAGAUCAACCUGCCUACUUCAAGGAGCGCACCUGGUAUUUUAUGCCCGUUAUGAAUCCAGAUGGCUACGUUUACAGUCGAAGAGUAAAUCGGCUGUGGCGCAAAAAUCGUUCACCUUCGCCAUCUUCGAACUGUGUAGGCGUUGAUUUGAAUCGUAAUUUCAAUAUUAACUGGAAUGGUCGCGGUUCAUCAUCAAAUCCCUGCAGCGAUACAUAUCGCGGCAAAUCACCAGGCUCUGAGCUGGAAACGCAAGCGGUCACGAAUUUCCUUUUAAAACGCAAAAAUAAUCUAGCUGCAUACCUGACUUUUCAUAGCUACGGUCAACUGAUAGUCUAUCCGUGGGCAUAUAAGGCGGCCAAGGUUAAAGACGCUUCCUUGCUGGAAAGCGUUGGUAAAACGGUAGUGGAGCGCAUACGCGAGGCGACGGGCGCUGUUUAUCGCGCAGGUGUGACGCAUUCCUUGUUGGGCAUUGCCGGUGGCGGUUCGGAUGAUUGGGCGCGUGCUGCUUGUGGCACUAAAUUCGUCUAUACGGUCGAGUUGCGCGACAAGGGCCAAAAUGGUUUUGAACUAUUGCCAUCACUGAUAGGCGUUACGGCCAAAGAGGGCAUGAUUGCUGUUGAGACGGUGGCUCAGGCCAUCGGUUAAGAAUUAUAUUACUUUUAUUUAAUUUAUAUUUGUAUAUUUGUAGGUGAGUGAUCGAGUGUGUAUGAAAGUAUUAGAAUUAAGUUUGCCUAAGUAUGUUCUGUAAGAAAUAUAUAUGUAUAUAUGUAUGCACAUAUGUAUAUAGUAUAUAUGUUCAACGAUUUUAAGCAAAAGCUGGGUACAACUGUAUGUACUUGUGUACAAAGCAUUUGCAUCUAGAAAUUAAUAAAAAAAAUUAAGAAAUUUCAUAUAUUUCAUAUAUUUCAAUUCCAUAGAAACUUCUGUAGUUAAGUUUAACUAUUGACUUAACUAUACUUUAAAAAAGAUAAGUUAACGACUGUAAGUGUAAUAAAUAAUAUCAUCGUCCGAUACGAUUUUGCGCCCAUGAAAAAAAUCAAACAUUUUCGGAAA